AUGUACAGUAAGCGCUUCUCAGAUAACCUUCUGUCCGACCAUGAAAAACCACCCAUCCGCAUCCUGGGCCUGAAGGCCUACGGGACGCUGACCCCUGAGCCGGCACUCAGCAGUACCGUGCCCGUUCACUACCAUAAGCGAGGCUUACCUGCCCGAGAGGAGAACCGGGAGGUUCGAUCUCCCUGUACCGAGACCAGAGCGCACUGCAAGGGCUCGGCGCAGGCAGCGUGUCCCGACGCCGCGGGGCGAGCGGCCCUCAUCCGCUUCCCCCCGGGGCGAGCAGCGGCAGCGUUAGGAGAUGGAGGAUCAGGGCUCGGGCGUUCCCGGGGCAGAGAUCAGAAGCCCGGGGCUGAGCAAAACCGGGCUGCCCGGCCUUCCCGCUGCACGGCCAGCCCAGCCGCCUUGGAAGAAGCCGCUGAACCCUGGCUAAUUACAGCUCUUAACGACCUGGCGGCACAUGAAGCCAACCUGAAACUGGUAGGGAGUUGCCCGGGCCCUCCGGGCGAUGCGCAGCCAUGCUUCAGCUUCGGCUGGCAAGGAGCCGUACCGGCGGGGAGGUGGAGAGCGUGGGUGCACAGCGGCGGGAGCCUCCCGAAAGCUCUCGCCCGUGAACCGCAGCCUUUGGGUGCUGCGAAGCCAGCGCUUGAGGUGCUGCUGGGCUGCCAGGUAGGUACAGGUGGGGCCUGCUCUUCUAUCCAGCUUCAAAUCUACAUCCCCUCACUUUUUGAGGUCACGGACGUCCCAACCCAGCCCCCUGACAGACUCACCUGUUCAAGAAGCAGCUUCAAACCCUCCCGCCCUGCUGAGGUCUGGCACAUGUCACACGAGACCUAUUGGAUGUCCUCAUCCUUGGUAUCUUCAACCUUACCGAGUAGCAGUUGGAGACAAGGAAGGAUCCUCAAAGCAGCUAAAGUGUCCCUGCAUGCUUACGUGUGAGCAAGUGAAUUAAGUCCCUUUUGUUAUGCAUAUGAUUAUUAAUUGAGACAUGAGAAGUAUGACUGCAUAGUACUGAGUGAAGAAAGGAGUGGUGGUGAUGCUGCAUACUCAGUGUGGGUUUCAACAUCGUAUCUACAUGUCACGAAAAAAACAACUGCUGACAUCCAGCUCUUCUGGCGUGAUGGGGGAGUUCCUGGCUGAAAUAAUGUUAUCAGCUUGGUCCUCUGUAUUUGGAGAAGAAACGUAUAAGACUAACCUUGCCCAGUUACAAAGCGAUUUCAAGUAGUGGAUGAAUGCUAGCGUGUUCUGUUAGGAAGUCACAUGAACUGGGAUUCACAUUACCUAAUUUUAGAUGUAUUAUAAACUGAGGCAUGUAAAUUGUACUGGCCAUCACAUCUUCAUCUACGACCAAUGGAGAAAGACAGAGGGUGCCAGUUAUUCCAGAAAAGUUUCUAUUUCUGUCGUUAAUUAUAAAGAGAAUCAAACAUUUGGCCGAUGCAGCAGAGGCAUCAAUAUUUCAGUGAACUGCAUUCCUGGAAACGAAUGCUUUAGUAGCACUGAAAGCCUCGCUGAAGGCAAGGCAAAUGUCAUCCACUGCUCUGCCCUGAUCAAACUUCAUCAUCUUAUCACAGAAAGCAAUCGCAUUUUUCAGGCACUGUAACUCCACGCUGACUGUUCCCCAUCUUUUCCUCCUCCACCUCCCAUGCUUUCUGAAAGUCAUUCCAUCUUUUUACCUGGAGACUGAAGCGAAGCUGGCUGUCCUGUAGCUGCCCAGGUAAUCCUGAGCCUUUUUUGACAAUGGUGCAAAACUUGCUUUCCCCAAGUCAUGAAGGGUCACCCCCCAUCACCACAACUUUUCAAAGCUGAUAGAGAGCAGCUCUGCAAGAGCAUCAGCCAGUUCUCCCAGCUCCCCAGGCUGCAGCCUGUCUGGCCCCAUGGACUCGCACAGUCAAGAUCCAACAA